CCUACCCCUCCAUUUUUCUCCUCCAUGCAUACUACUACAACCCUCAGAAAGAGAAAAAGGAGGGUCCAAUUUCAAGUUGAAGGCUAUUGGAAUAUGUUGUAUGAUUUGCCUACGCCAUUACAAGGAGUACAUCUUCAUCUUCUUCAUGUAUCUCAAAACGAAUACUUCAGCAAACAAAGCAUAUGUAGGGCUUGCAGCUCCAGGAGAAGUUGGAUCCUGGCAAAGAGAGAGCAAGGGAUAUCAAUUCUGGACAACAACAGAUGACAAAGGUCAUUUCACCAUAGAAAAUAUACGGCCUGGAAGCUACAAUCUCUAUGGUUGGGUUCCCGGCUUCAUAGGAGAUUACAAAUACAACGACUCAGUUGAUAUAACAGCAGGACAUGCUAUUGAUCUGGGUGAUCUUGUGUAUGAUCAUCCAAGAGACGGACCUAUAUUGUGGGAGAUUGGCAUACCAGAUCGUUCUGCUGCAGAAUUCUUUAUUCCUGAUCCUGAUCCGAGACUUGUCAAUAAACUCUAUCUGACGCGUGACAGGUAUCGACAGUAUGGUUUAUGGCAAAGGUAUACAGAUUUGUAUCCUGACGAAGAUUUAAUUUAUACUGUUAAUGUUAGCAACUAUCAGAAAGAUUGGUUCUUUGCUCAAGUUACUAGGAACGUAAGCAACAUGUAUCAAGGAACGACAUGGCAGAUCAAAUUCCAACUCGAUAAACUCAUCUCCUCUGGAACCUAUUACUUGAGACUAUCACUCGCAUCAGCAACUGAUUCAGAGUUACAGGUUAGGAUUAAUGAUCAACAUGAAAAUCCUCUGUUAUUCACAUCAGGACUAAUAGGGCACGACAACACGAUUGCUAGGCACGGCAUCCAUGGACUAUAUUGGCUUUACAGUGUGACCAUACCAGGCAGCAAAUUAGUGCAGGGAAAUAAUACCAUUUUCCUGACACAAGUUUGGGGUCUUAGCCCUUGGAGAGGCAUUUUGUAUGACUACAUUCGUUUCGAAGCUCCAGUUGCUGAUGCCUACUAAUUCUUUAGUUAGUUUCAAAUUCAUUGCUUAUGCAUGUAAAUAUACAAUUUAAACACAUUUUUUUUUGGGAAAUAGGUGAUUGGAUUAGCUCUGUUGCGCUCAAAGGGAUAUAUAGAAGAGAGAUUUACAUUAGUCUCUUAUUUUUUGGCUCUUGUCAGCUAAUUUUUCAGAUGUUUGUAGGAAAAGAAGGGAGGAAAAUUUAUAUUGCUAUGAUAAAUAAAUAAAUUACUUUUAGAUCAUAAAGUGGCUUUAUAUUUCUUGAAGCAAUUUAUUGUUGAACUUGGCUUAUUUUUGUAAGAUUAUUAGACAAGAAUCAUGCAAUAAAAUUUUUAU